GUGCCAUUCGAGUUUCGCGCAUGCCCGGACGUGGUUUCUUCAACAUCCGGGGAGUGAGGGGCGGAGCCUUCUGCUGCAGUGGACCAAGAACCGUUAGCCCGAGCCGGACAGGUGAACUUGUUUCUGCGCAAUUUCUGGCCCUGACCGCGGUGGUGGUGCCGAAGAAACCCCGGCAGCAGGAUGGUGACCCCUCUGCCCCCAUCUUCCCUGCGGCUCCUCAUCCCUCCAAUCCGCGUGCUCGCAGCAGCCAUGUGGCAGUUGGCCCAACAGCAGAGAGUGGAGCAUUAUGGGAAGCUGGAGGACUUUGUCUCACUGGUAACUGAGGCAGUCCCACACCUGUUGACAGACAGGCAGAGAAGUCUGCUGCUGCUGGCUCUGAGGGCCAAGGUGGCCCUCUUCAAUCCCACUGAUGUUCAUCAUCACCUAAAGAGAGUCCAGGCUGUUUUCCAGGCUACGGAGGAUACUGAUGUGAAGCAAUGGUGCACCUCUCUAUCUUCACUCGUCCGCAGAAUGACGCAGGUGUCAGAUGACAUACAGCGCCUCCUGCAGGAGGUGUUCGACCAGAGCUUUGACUCCGCCCUCUUGUCGCUUGUGUCGGACUUCCUGUCCAGGAUGGAGCAGCUGUUUCCUGUCCCUGACUUCAAGCAGGCUGCCUCCUGGCUCGAGGGCACCCCUGCUGGUCUGGAGGCCUACGUGCAGGAGGGAGACGAACAGGAUCUGACAGAGCUGCUGAGUCACCCCAGCUGCCGCCUGGGAAAUGUCACGACUACAGUGGGUUCAUCGUCCGAGGAGAUCUUUCUCUCUGCCUGGUCCCACCCACUCGUUCACAAACUAACCAAUCCUGACCUUCCUCCCUGUGAAGUCCAGCCAAGCGCCGACGUACAGGACUUAGACGUAGAGCUGGUGAAGGUGGAGGUGGGGAUGACAAUGGAUGAAGAGCAGGAGCAUCUAGAAGAGAUUGUAAUUGGCCCUUCUUCAGCGGACAAUGAGGAAUCCAAUCAGAGAUCAGCGGCCGACAGUAUUGAGAGUUCUUUGAGCCGGUGUAAGGACUCGCCUGGAAACACCAGCAUUCAGCCAGAGGACACAGCUUUUGCCUGUUCCACAGGCGGCGAUGUGGAUCACUCCGGCUCUAAUGCGCUGCAGAGCAUCUCCCACAAUUCUCAGCGUGUGGCUCACAAGUGUCCUCAGUGUGCGAAGUGUUUCAUCUACCGCUCUCAGGUGAUCCGGCACCUGCGCAGCAACAGGUCCUGCAGCGCGGCGCUGUCGUCUCCCAACGCCGCCAAGGAGCCCCGUCCCGUGGAGCCCCGCCCAGUCAGGGCGUACACCUGCUUCCAGUGCAGCCUCGUCUUUAAAGCCAAAGCCGAGCUGCUGUCGCACCAGCGCAGCCACCGGGCGCGUCCUUUCUACCGCUGUGAGCACUGUGACAAGGCUUUCCACCACCUGUCCAGCCUGACCAACCACAAACAGAUCCACCUGGACCAGAGCCGCUUCGCCUGCAGCCAGUGCAACAAGGUUUUCGAGUCGGCAGAGCGACGGGACGCCCACCUGACACAGCACGAGCUGCCUAAACUCAACUGCUCGGUGUGUAAGCAGACCUUCGUCUCGCAAGCACUGCUGCUGCGCCAUCUGCAGACGCACUCAGCCGAGGGCGCCGUGCUGCGCUACAACUGCCUUUUCUGCGACCAGAGCUUCUCAGGCGUCACGCUGCUUCGUAUUCACCAGCGCUCGCACACGCCGCGCACGUACCGCUGCGACCAAUGCAACAAGUCCUACGCCUCUCUGACGAUCCUGCAGGCCCACCAGCUGACCCACAGGGCCUCGGCCCGCUACCUGUGUCCGCAGUGCGGCAAGAGCUUCAAGACCCGCCACGGCCUCGAGUGCCACCUGCGCACGCACAGCGGCGAGCGGCCCUACUGCUGCCCCUACUGCCCCAAAGACUUCACCGCCAUCGCUGGCCUGAACGUGCACAUGCGCCGGCACACGGGGGAGCGGCCGUACGUGUGCACGGUGUGUGGCAAAGGUUGGCCGUCCGGCGGCGACCUUCAAAAGCACAUGAGGAGCCACACGGGCGAGCGGCCGUACGUCUGCCAAUACUGUGGAAAGGGCUUCUCCAUGUCCUGCCACCUGACGGAGCACCGCAGGAUCCACACCGGGGAGAAACCGUACUCGUGCCCGGACUGCGGCAAGUGUCUGCGGCGGAAGUUUGACCUGAACAAGCAUUUGCUGUCCCACAGCAACGUCCGGCCUCACACCUGCCCCCUCUGUCCCAAGAGCUACACCCGCAAGACCCACCUGAGCAGACACCUGCUGACGCACAGGCCCGCCGAGGCCGGCCGGCACGUUCAGGAAGAGUCGAGUGACAUUUAAACGGACAGUCUGUUUUCCAAUGCAGGAAGAGCAGUGAGGCCGCAAAGGUUGGAUAGAGGCUGAGUUCUAAGCCAAAGAUGGAGAAGUUUGUUUUCACCUUCCUGCUGAGUAGAAUAAAGUGAAGACAAAGAUACAAGCAGUGUUAAAUC